AUGACGACUAAUCUCCCAUUUCCGAUUUCCAUGAAACUCAUCCUCUCUAGCUUUGCGUCUCUCGUGGCAAUCACUCUCUUCUUCAUCACCACAACCAAUUUCUCACCGUCUUCAUUUCAGCCGGCGCCGGAAAACACUCUCCAGAUCUCCAACUCCUCCACCGGAACUGAAUCACGUAGCGCAGAAUCCACGAGUUGCGGUAAGAUCCCUCCUUCGCUCGCCGAUGCUCUCGUUCACUACGCCGCCUCCAAUGUCACUCCUCAGCAAACACACUCUGAAAUCUCCGUCACCAAGAAGGUGUUAGAGAAGAAAUCGCCGUGCAACUUUCUGGUAUUUGGGUUGGGCCUGGACAGCUUGAUGUGGGCUUCGCUAAACCAUGGAGGAAGGACUAUUUUCUUAGAAGAGGACGAGUCAUGGAUCCGCCAAAUCGCCGAGAAAUUCCCGUCUCUGGAAUCGUACCACGUCCGGUACGAGACCAAGGUGAGAGACGCGACGGCUCUAAUGUUGACGGCGAGAGACAGAGAAGAGUGCCGUCGCGUGUCGACGGAUCUUAGGGUUUCUGAGUGCGAGCUUGCGCUGAAGAGCUUACCGGAUGUGGUUUACGAGACGGAGUGGGAUUUAAUCAUGGUGGAUGCUCCGACGGGGUUUCACGAAGACGCUCCGGGGCGGAUGACGGCGAUCUAUACGGCGGGGAUGAUCGCAAGGAUCCGAAAGGAAGAAGGAGAGACGACGGCGAUUUUCGUGCACGAUGUAGAUCGGACGGUGGAGGAUGAGUUCUCUAUGACGUUUCUGUGCAGAGAUUACAUGACGGUGCAACAAGGAAGGCUCCGCCAUUUUACGGUGCCGAGUCACCGGAACUCUGGUGUCUCCGGCGGUAAUUUCUGUCCCUGA